AUGCUAAAAGACUUAUCUAUAAAUGAGUGGGAUAUUAUCAUAAUACAGGUUGAGAGUCUUUUUCGUAUCGAGUUCACAGCUCGUCUAUUUGUAGCUAUUCUCGAUAAAGCCAAUGCUAUCAUGUAUCAAAUAUCUAAUGCUUUUACGAAUAAAUCAACAUUGGUAUUUCUUAAAGCAUAUCGUGGUGAAGACAUUCUUAUAGUUGAUAAUAGAUACCAGCCCCGUGUAAAUGAAAUGGUUGAAAUUCUUUAUGAUCUGAAUAGUGAAGCCAAAGUCAUGAGAAUAGGAUAUGAGUUUUUAAGGCAAGGUAAGCGUGUAGCAUUUGUAUCUACCAGAGCAGUGAUGGCUAGAGCAUUAGUAGAAAAAGCAUAUAAGUUAUCUAAACCUGAUAAUUCGCCUGUUAGAGCCCAUGCAUAUUAUGGGAAUAUGGAUGGGAAGCAAAGACAAAAAGACUUUUCUAAUAUUAAUGAUGCUUGGAGUGAACUUGACUGUGUGGCUUAUACAAAUAUAGUGGAAGCAGGUAUAUCUUUUAAAAUUACAGGCCACUUCGAUAUAGUCAUAGCCAUUACAAAUAUUGCCACUCCAGUUCAUAUUGAAGCUCUUGCACAAAUGUUUUACCGAAUUUGUCAUGAAAAUAUUCGAGCAGAACUUGAAACUGACGAAUCUCCAGCUUCUUAUAGCCAGUACCGCGUUUCUCUUCAGAUAAUGAAAGUGGAUGAGAGCCAAAAAGUUAUAGGGAAUCGUAAAAAAGUCUGCAAUGAGAUUAGGGUUGAAGCAUUAGUUAUCAAAGAAGCAGAUUUUAAUGAAAUUGCUACUUCUCAAAAUCUUGAUUCUGAAGAAGCUGAAGUCCUUAAAUUUGACCAAGAGUGUCAUGAUGAGGAGAAUGCAAUGAAGGGAUUGAAAGCUGAGGAAAAUAAACAAUGGAAAAUUGCUUGCUAUAAAGCUGAAAAGAAUCUGGAAAAAUUAGUAGCAAAGGACUUGCGUAAAUCUUAUUCAGCAAAACAUUAG